GACAUAUCGAUAAUUAUUUCUAAAGAAAAAUAACAUUUGACAAAAAAAAUAAUAUCCUUCUUUCUCCUUUCCAGUUUCCAUUCCUUUUCUUUCCACUCUCGUACUUUUCUAUUAUUCCAAACACAGUGUUAAAUUAUCCAUUUUAGAAAUGUGAAUAUUUGGUACGCAGAAACUUCCUAAAGGAUGAUUGAAGACAGCAGUCACCAUCAUGGUUCAUCCCCAUUAAUCACCGAUGUCGCAUGUUGAAUUGUUCAUCACCUCCUCCUUUAAUAUAUAUUUUUAUAUACCUAUCAUGACAAUUCCGUAGAGCAUAGCAUUAACAUGCGAAUGGCCUCAUCAACACUACUCCUACUUCCUCUUCUCUUCUCCUUAAUCCUCCAAAAUCCUCACCACUCCUUUUCCUUCUCACUCUCCGUCGAGAAUCCCCAAGACGUGAUUCUCUCGUCUCCCGAACCCACAUUCACCGCAGCGUUCCACCCCGUCGGGGAAAACGCCUUCUGCUUCGCCAUACGCUACACGCGCCCGCCCCACACCCUCGUCUGGAUCGCCAACCGGGACCACCCGGUAAACGGUAGACGCUCCACCCUCUCUCUCUCCAAGACCGGCAACCUCGUCCUCACCGACGCCGCCCAGUUCCAAGUGUGGUCCACCAACACCGCCGCCGCAUCCAGACAGGUGAAGCUUCACCUGCACGACACCGGCAACCUCGUACUCCUCGACCACGGCGACGGAGGAAAGAUUAAGAUUCUCUGGCAGAGCUUCGACUUCCCCACGGACACGCUCCUCCCGAACCAGCCUCUGAGCAAGAGCACCGCGCUGGUUUCGUCGAGAAGCGGGUCGAACUACUCCUCCGGCUACUACAAGCUCUUCUUCGACUUCGAGAAUGUUCUGCGCCUCAUGUACCAGGGCCCUCGCGUUUCCAGCGUCUACUGGCCCUACGCCUGGCUCCAGAACAACAACUUCGGCCUCGUCGGGAACGGCAGAUCCACCUACAACGACACUAGGGUUGUGCUGCUCGAUUCCUUCGGCCACGUCGUUUCUUCUGACAACUUCACCAUCACAACCGCUGAUUGCGGGACGCUGCUUCGGCGGCGGUUGACGCUCGAUCACGACGGCAAUGUUCGCGUCUAUAGCUUGAGAGAGGGGGAGGAGAAGUGGUCCGUGUCGGCGCAGUUUCGCUCGCAGCCUUGUUUCAUUCACGGGAUUUGUGGACCCAAUAGUUAUUGCAGCGCUCGCCCAAAUUCGGAGAGAAAGUGUUCGUGCCUUCCAGGAUAUAGAUGGGUUGAUAGUCAAGACUGGUCUCAAGGUUGUGUAUCGAAAUUCCAGCUUUGGUGCAACGACACUCAGCAAGAGUCUCGCUUCCUGCGCUUACCCGAAUUUGAUUUUUAUGGAUAUGACUAUGGCUACUUUCCAAAUCACACAUACGAACAAUGCGAGAAUUUGUGUUUGGGUUUAUGUGAAUGCAAAGGGUUUUCACACAGCUUUUCGGGGCAAAGUGACAGCACUAGUCAGUGCUACCUGAAGAGACAGUUGCUAAAUGGGCAUCAUUCACCGGGUUUCACAGGAGCAUUCCUCCUGCGACUGCCUUUGUCCCAUGACUAUGAGAACCACAUCGAGAAUGGCUUGGUUUGUGAGGCAAACAAUGGAGGAGCAGAAGUACUAGAGAGGCCGUACGUGGAAGAAAAAGAAAAUGGGUCGGUGAAGUUCAUGCUGUGGUUUGCGAGUGGCUUGGGAGGAAUUGAGGUCGUGUGCAUCUUUCUGGUGUGGUGUUUCUUGUUUAGGAAUAAUGCUGAUAAACAAGGCUAUGUUCUUGCAGCAGAAACGGGGUUUAGGAAAUUCAGUUACUCUGAACUGAAAAAAGCCACCAAAGGUUUCAGCGAAGAGAUUGGAAGGGGUGCCGGAGGUACUGUGUAUAAGGGUGUGUUGUCAGAUAAUCGAGUUGUGGCAAUAAAGCGACUACAUGAAGUAGUGAACCAAGGACAAAGUGAGUUCCUGGCUGAAGUAAGCAUCAUUGGAAGGCUUAACCACAUGAACUUAAUUGGCAUGUUGGGUUAUUGUGCAGAGGGAAAGUAUAGGUUGUUGGUUUAUGAGUACAUGGAGAAUGGUUCUUUAGCUCAGAACCUCUCAUCGAAUGCAAAUGUACUUGACUGGAAAAGGAGGUAUGAAAUUGCUCUUGGAACAGCAAGGGGUCUGGCCUACUUGCAUGAAGAAUGCUUGGAGUGGAUUUUGCAUUGUGAUAUUAAGCCCCAAAAUAUACUUCUUGACUCCGAGUACCAGCCCAAGGUAGCUGAUUUUGGUUUGUCUAAACUACUUAACCGGAACAACCUCGACAAUUCAACCUUCUCAAGGAUAAGAGGAACAAGAGGUUACAUGGCACCAGAGUGGGUUUUUAACUUGCCAAUCACUUCCAAGGUGGAUGUUUACAGCUAUGGAAUUGUUAUCUUGGAGAUGAUAACUGGAAGGAGCCCAACAACAGGUGUCCAAAUCACAGAAUUAGAAGCAGACUCACCUCAUCAUGAGAGGUUGGUGACAUGGGUGAGGGAGAAAAGGAGAAAAGGAUCAGAAGUGGGAUCAUCUUGGGUGGGUCAAAUUAUUGACCCUGCUUUGAGAUCAAACUAUGACGUGAAUGAAAUGGAGAUUUUAGCUACAGUGGCUUUGGAUUGUGUAGAGGAAGAGAAAGAUGCAAGACCCAGCAUGAGUCAAGUUGUUGAGAGGCUUCAAAGUCAUGAACAUGCUUCUUGAUGGUUUGAACAACAAAUAGCCAUCUCUCCCAUGGUUGUCACUUUCCUUUAUCAUCAACGGUUCCAGUUCCUCUCAUUUUGAGUGGUUUCGUCUAUUAUAAAUUGUCUCUGUUUGUGGUAAAUCUACAAUUGUUUUGAAGUUUAAUGCUGCUGCUGCUGUAUAUCUUAUUCUAGUGUCUAGCAAUUGUAUGUUGUUACAGUUGCAGGAAUUAUUCAGUACACCCUGUGUAUUACAAUAUUUCCAUCAAUUGCAAACCACUCCUUUGCUUCGUUAA